UUACCUUGACGUAGCAACUGACAGUGUUGACUGUUGAUGAUAUUAUUUUAUUUUGUCUGUCUGUUAAAAUAAUUUUUAUGUAUAUUACUUCUGCAUUGUAAUUAUUUUGUUUUCAGUACUUUAUUAGAGGAUGUGUAUAUUCAUGCUUAGUUUGUGCAGUGAAAUAGUGUAACAGAUAUCGUGAACAGGAUGGAACCUCCUGUUCUGAAUAUCCCCAGUGAUUUGACUUUUGUUUUGCAAGCUGGUCUUGCAAGGGAGACAAUUGUUGUAAAUACUGCUGAUUUUUCUAUAGAGAAAUUGAAGGAAUUGGCUUGUAACUUCUUAGAUCAAAAAUUUCCAGAUCAUGGUAUCAGUAAGCUGGAUCAACGGUUGCUUUUCUUUCGCCAUGAUUAUAAUUUUGAUACCAUAUUACUACCAGUUUUAACUGUAUCAGAUGUCUUGGAAAAUGGAAUUAUAGAAGUUGUUCUAUCUGGCAACAGUGCUUCUUAUGAUGCACAGAUGAGGGCCCAUUCCCUUAUGCUGCAUUCUUAUAAGUCUCCAACUUUCUGCGAUUUUUGUGGAGAAAUGUUGUUUGGGCUUGUUAGGCAGGGAUUAAAGUGUGAAGGGUGUGGUCUGAGUUUCCAUAAACGAUGUGUGUAUAAAAUUCCAAACAAUUGCACUCAUGCUAGAAGAAGAAGAUCUUCGACAUACAUGCCUAUCCCAAAUCAAACGGAUCAAGUGGGAGUUUCUUUGAGCAUUCCAAAUAUGACAAUGUUCCAACCACCUUCGCCAAAUCGAAACAGGAAGUCUCCUUCUCUCCCUCCUGGAAAGAUGCCCUGCACUGAAAAACUGUCCACUGGGAAGAUAAAAGUUCCUCAUCGCUUUGAAAUUCAUUCCUACACUAGGCCCACAGUCUGUUGCUAUUGUAAGAAAUUGCUGAAAGGACUCAUUCGACAAGGGAUGCAAUGCAAAGAUUGCAAAUUAAAUGUUCACAAACGUAAAUGUCUUGAAUGUAUUCCUACGGAUUGUACUGGAGAAGCCCCUAAAGAAAAUUGUGAAAAUUCCAAGAACUCAACUAGUGAGAAUGAUAAUGAAAAAGGUGACCAUGUUGAUGAAGAAUCUGGUGAAGAAAGUGACACAUCCCUUGAAAAGCCUCUUGUGCAGGAUUUGCAAGAUGAUGAAUCUAAAAUCCCUGUUCAUGAAGCUUCAAGCAAUAACAUUCCUUUGCAAAGAAUUGUUCAAAGUAUUAAACAUACAAAGGGGAAGAAUUACAAAGUACUUAAGGAAGGUUGGUUGGUUCACCACACCAAUAGAGAAGGAAUGAGAAAAAGACAUUUCUGGAGGUUGGAUACAAAAAGUGUGACUCUAUUCCAAAAUGAUACAACUUCUAAGUAUUAUAAGGAAAUUCCCCUGUCAGAGAUCUUGUCAGUUGAGCUUCCCAAACAAAACUUGUGUUCGGAACAAAAUCCAGGCUAUUAUUUAGAACUCCGUACAGCUAAUGUAGAUUAUUACAUAAUGGAUGACAUUAAUAUCUUGAAAGCAUGGGAGACAGCUAUAAGACAAGCACUCAUGCCUGUGGAUACUCCAAAAGUAGCAAAUUCGGCUACACCUGGAAGUAAAGUUACAGAAUCUUCUAAUGGCGUGCAUAUGAAGAAAGAAAAUACUGAACAAAGUUUAGAUAUAAGCUUACAGUAUCAAAUUUUCCCUGAUGAAGUACUAGGAUCAGGCCAAUUUGGUAUUGUCUAUGGUGGAGUACACAGAACUUCUGGUCGAGGUGUUGCCAUCAAAGUUAUUGAUAAAAUGAGAUUUCCUACCAAGCAGGAAGCUCAGCUGAAGAAUGAAGUUCAGAUUCUUCAAAACAUUCAUCACCCAGGAGUUGUAAACUUAGAGAAGAUGUUUGAAACAAAUGAAAGAAUAUUUGUUGUAAUGGAAAAAUUGAAAGGUGAUAUGUUGGAGAUGAUUCUUUCAAGUGAAAAAGGAAGGCUUUCCGAAAGGAUUACCAAGUUUCUUAUCUAUCAAAUUCUGAUGGCUCUGAAGCAUUUACAUUUGAAAUGCAUUGUUCACUGUGAUUUGAAACCAGAGAAUGUUUUACUAUCUUCAGAUUGUGAUUUUCCACAGGUGAAGCUUUGUGAUUUUGGUUUUGCUCGUAUUAUUGGCGAAAAAUCUUUCAGGCGAUCGGUAGUAGGAACUCCUGCUUACCUAGCUCCUGAAGUUUUAAAGAACAAAGGUUACAACAGGUCUUUAGACAUGUGGUCUGUGGGAGUUAUAAUCUAUGUGAGUUUGAGUGGCACAUUCCCUUUCAAUGAAGAAGAAGACAUUAAUGAUCAGAUACAGAAUGCUGCUUUUAUGUAUCCUCAUAAUCCAUGGAAAGAGAUUUCACCUGAAGCUAUUGAUUUAAUAAGUAAUCUCCUCCAAGUCAAAACCAGGAAGCGCUUCACAGUGGAUAAAUCAUUAGCACAUGCUUGGUUACAGGAUUAUCAAACAUGGUGUGAUCUACGGAGGUUAGAAUCUGAAGUUGGAACUCGAUAUCUCACUCACCAGUCAGAUGAUGCUCGUUGGGAGACUUAUCGAAAGCUCCACAAUUUGGAACCACCACCACCUGUUCCACAAGAUAUGGAAGAGAAUCUAAUGACUUUUGAUUACCCCCCAGAGCCCACUCGAAGCAGUUCUGGAAUCUUCAGUCGAGUCAGGCUUUGAAUCAAAAUUAAUGUAUAUUGCACACUGAUAAUCUUGCAGCAUUUGCUGUGUUCCAAAAAAUGAAGAGAAUGCAGAACCGGUGCUAGAAAUCUUAGGCAAAGAAACUUUUAUACACCUUCCAUAUAUUAAUAACGAAAUAUUUAUUGAUUAUCGUUAAGAAUUUGUUGUAAAUUUUUUAACUAACAAAAACUACUUAAACUGCUUAUACAGAGGAAAAACAACUUUCAGUAAUAUUUAUUAAUUCUUUCUUUAGCAUAAAAUAUUAAUAAUCUCACUCCUUAAUGCCUACUUUAAUUAAAUAGAUCAAGUUUAAGAUAACUGUGAAGUAAAAAUGAAUUUUGGAAAAAAAUUAUAAUAAAGUAUAUAGGGUAUAAAGUAUAAUAAUAUAAUCACUUAUAUAAAUAAGUGACUGAGUCAAAAGAAAAAUCUUAUUCAUCUGUUUUAAAAUAUUUUUAUAAUAGAAAAAAAUAUAUGAGCAGCAUAAUUGUGUAAUGAUGAUAUAUGGCUAAUGUGGUCUUAAUUGUUAUAAAUUGGACAUUUUAAAAUAUGAGCUCUUAAUUUUCUUUUACAUAUUGAUAUUUCUAAAAAGGAUCAAACAUUAAGAUUAUUUUCAAAUACUUGCAUUGCCACAAAGAUAAAUCAAGAGAAGAGAAUUCAAAAUUACAAUAUUUUGACUACAAAAUAUGGCUGAUGUAUGUAUGUGACAGUUGAAAAUUAUUUAGGAGUUUAAUACCUCCUGAUUUAAAAUGAAACAGAAAGAAUGGAAUCCAAUCAGUUUAGCCAUGGUAGUAUAAUGUAACUGUUCUAUAAAUGGGAUGCUGGGUAUUAGUGGGUUAAAGCAUUAACCCAUCCACUUUUUUAUAAUAAAUUUACAGCAAUGGUACAAUAUUUAUUAUGAUGGCGAAUUAGUUGUGAUUGGUGGCCAAGUGCUGUAUUGUUGUACCGUCUGUAAAUCAAUUAAUGGUAAAACAAGCUCUGAAAGAGUAUGUAGUAUUUCAGUUUCAACAAUAUUCUCGAAAUGCUUUGCAAGAUUUAGGAGCAUUAUAUUAAAAAUGCCAAGCGAAUUUAUAUAUCAGGGCUUAAAUUUGGUGUAUUCCAAGAAAAGAAUUUCUAGCUUAUUUUAUAAUGUAAUUGUUCCUAUCUUAUAACACCAAAAAAUUUUUUAUGAUCAUUGCUUAGAAAAUUUUUAUUUUGAAAUGUCAGAUCAUGUGAAAAAUUCUUUUGAUAAUCGUUUUGAAAAUUCCUAUUUUGUAAUGCCAGAUUACCAGUGACUGCUGUAUUUUUUAACCAUUUGGUACAUUCCAUAGUUUCUAUUGUAUAAAAGAUACAUUGCAUUUUCUUUUUCUUCUAAAAGAGCAGCUUAAAAAUAAUUUUACAAUUGUUAUUAUUCUUUAUACCUGUUGUAGGAAGCAUUUUAUAAAUGUCCUGAAUCAUCUAUAUUUAUCUCAUUAUAUAUUGUCAUGGAAGAAUUGUGUGUGCCAAAAUUAACAACACAUGAAUUCACAUUUCAUAGGGUUCAGAAUUGAUUUGUAUGGAAAUUAUAUUUGCAUUCUGUAAAAUCUAGUAUAUUGCAAUGGGAUGUAGAUCAAAACAUUUUUAUAUCAAUUGUUACAGAUAUAAUAGUUUAACAUGGAUAUAUUUUGUAUGUGAAAUCAAUAAAAAAAUAUUUAUUUUAAA